AUGUCCUCUGAAAUCGAUAGUAAAGUAAUUUCUAUAAUAAAUAAUAUUAAGGAAAAUAAAGGAAACAUACAAAAUGAAAUGCCUGAAGCAAUAGAACAACCUAAAACUACUCAAAACCUUAUAAGAGGCAAGCCUAAAUCUGGUAGAUUUUGGAAAUCGAAAAAAGAAAGGUUUUCAUCAAUAAAUAAAACCAAGGGACUCAAAUUGGAUUUCCAGAAAAAAACGGCAUUACGUAUAGAGCUGAAGCGUACAAAAGAGUUAUCCAAAAACAUUGUUGAGCAAUUAAAAGAAAAAGAACUUCAGCGUAAAGAGAGAAGGCGCGAAAAUAUAAAGCGGGCUGCUGAAAAUAAGCAAAAGGCAGAGAUUGUACAAGUUAUUACUAACACAGCAAAACUAAAAAGAAUGAAGAAAAAGCAGUUAAGAUUUAUCCAAAAGAGGGACACAAAUAAGGCUGUAGAAGAAAGUAAAUAA